AUGAAAUUAUUUGGAAGUUCUAAUUUGAGGAAAAUUUCGUAUAGAUUGUUAAUUUUAAUAUGGUUGCUAACUGUUGUGAAGUCUGAUGAAGAGCAUGUGGAGCACGGUUUCAGUAAAGAAUUUAUAAAGGAACAUGAUGGAUAUGUUGUGAGUAACGAAUAUCUGGAUCAAGAAUCUGUUAAAGAUGGUGAAAGACAAAUUGAACGACUAGAUGAUUUAAGUCCAGAAGAAGCCAAGAUCCGGAUGGCAAUUCUAGCUAGGAAAAUGGAUUUAAACAAUGAUGGAUAUGUGACCAAAGACGAGCUGCAGAGUGUGGUUAAACACUUUUUAAAUGAAUCGAAUGAAGCUUUGGUCAUAACAUAUUUUGGAAAAAAAAUUAAUGUAUGUGUAACUCGUUCAAGUAAUGUAAUUGCUAUGGAUUUGGAAGAAUCAAAUAAUCGAUUUCGUGACAUUGAUACAAAUCAAGAUAAUAUAGUGACAUGGGAUGAGUAUGUGAAGGAGACGUUUGGUGAUAUUAAGCUACAGGAUGAAAACAUUGAUGCUGAUGAUAAACGUUUAAUGGAAGAUGACAGGAAACUUUUUCGCGCAGCAGAUGACGAUGGCGAUGGAAGCUUAACAAUUGAAGAGUUUCAGGCUUUUCAGAAUCCUGAAUCUUUUCCUCAAAUGCACUUCGCUUUCAUGGAGGUCACGAUAGCGGAAAAAGAUGCAAAUAUGGAUGGGAAGAUUUCUCUAGAAGAGUUUCUGGAUGACGCAGCAAAAAGCAAAGAUUCAGAAUGGCGUAAAGUAGAAAAGGAACGUUUUGCCCGCCAUUUUGACCGAGAUCAUGAUGGUUUCCUAGUGGGUACGGAAAUUCUCGAUUGGCUUCAAAUAAAUUUAGAUUCCAAUGCAGCUGAGGAAGCAGAGCAUUUAGUUUCGCGAGCAGAUAAAGAUCUUGAUGGUAGAUUGUCCAUUGAAGAAAUUGUCGGCGAAACAGACUUAUUCGUCCGUUCUGACGCUACAAAUAAUGGAGAAAGUUUGAUGGACAUUCAUCAUGAUGAACUUUGA